AUGGCCAGAGACAACGGAGACGGCGGGGGAGAAUUCCUCGCAAUGCCUAAGGCCCCGCCGAACCUCAACAUUCCGCCCUCAGGCUCCACCGUAUCUGUUUCUGUCAUCGACACCGGCGUCCGGGUCUCCCUCCCCAUCGCCCCCUUCCUCGAGCCCCAGAUCCGCGGCAAAGACCGGAUGACCGGCCCCGCAUACUCGUUCCUGAUCACGCACAACCAGUCGGGCCGCAGGCUCCUCUUCGACCUCUCCGUCCGCAAGGACUGCCGCACCGGCUUCGCGCCCGCCGUGCAGCAGCGCGUCAACGACCCGGCCAAGGAGUUCUGGGUGCGUUGGAUCGACCCUUUUUCGUCUUCUUCUUCUCCGAAGUGGGAGGCGGAUACGGAACCGGAGGCGGAGCCGCGAGACGUCGUCGACGUGCUGGCCGCCGGGGGGCUGCGGCCUGACGCCAUCGAGGCCGUCGUGUGGAGCCACCACCACUGGGACCACACGGGCGACUUGACGCGCUUUCCCGCCGCGUCGACGAAGCUGGUCGUCGGGCCAGGCUUCACGCAGGCGUUCGGCGCCGGGUGGCCGGCGGUCGAGGGCGCGCCGGUCAAGGGGGAGGAGUGGGCGGGGAGGGAGCUGGUGGAGGUGGGGUUUGAUGAGGAGGACGGGUUGAAGAUCGGGAGGUUUAGGGCGAAGGAUUGGUGGGGGGAUGGGAGCUUCUAUCUGUUGGAUACGCCCGGGCAUGCGGUGGGGCAUUUGUGCGGGUUGGCGAGGGACUGCGCUCACCACGGCGCCGAGUUCCGCCCUUCGCCCUACCUCCCCCUCCCGCGUACCAUUUCUCCCUCGCCUUUCCCGCAUCAUCCUCAACAUGCUACAAUCUGCCCCGGUGCCCUCUUUGCCCCCAUCCAUCCUGCCGCCAGCCUGCCUGAAAAGGCGACGAAGCCUUUCUACACUCCAACGCAAUUCUUCCCGUACAGCUUCGAUGACUGCGUCUGGAGCAUCGACGGUUUACAAGAAUUUGACGCCGAUGAGAGGGUGUUCGUCGUCAAUGCGCACGAUGAGAGUUUGUUGAGCGUAUUCUACGGCGUGGAUGGAGAAGGGAAGGGGAAGGGAUUGCUUUGGCCGCAAGGGACGUUGGAUGCAUGGAGGGAAGGGCAGAAUCUCGCGACGAGAGCCAGAUGGGCUUUUCUAGAGGAUUUUGCAGGGGCGGUGGGCCUUGGUGAGCGAGGAAAAUAG